AUUCGCAAUAAUAUACAUCUCGCUGCAUCGACGAUCGCCACUGCUGCUGCAUGCGCAUCGUCGUAUAUAUAUAUCGUACGGUACAUAUGAGUCGCGCGGCGAUAACAAUGAAAAUACGAUGCACCGAGAACGUCGCUGCAUAGAGGUGCAGGCAUAUUAUAAACAUACGCGCGUCACAGGCUACACGGCUCGACUUUCGAACGUUCGUGAAAGCUCGCGGGUGUUGUUCGCGUUGUUGUGUUGACGUCGCGCACGUUGAGUAAGUGCACUCAUGCAGCGAGUCGCGUUUGUUGCUGUGCAGUGCUCUGUGUCGUGUAUUAUCGCAGUUGAAUAAUAAUAACAAAAAAUAAGAGACACUGCCUAUUCGCGCUGCGCGCACAUACCUAUACACCUAUUACACCAUAAGAGAAAAAGAACAAUAAUCAACGCGCAGUUAUAUCGGAUAAACAACUAGUCAGCUGCGCGCGCGGUGCAUCACAGAUCACGACGCAAAAACUUUGGACUUGCAGCUCUUGCUCUCUCUCUCUCUCAGUGCAUUGUAAUGCCAGUUUCGUGGAAAAUUAAAACAAGUGCAAAUAGUGAAUAAUUAACGAAGCUCGCGCUUACCAGCCUGACGCGCUUGCAUAUUUUUAUCUAUAUACGCAACGCGAUAUUUCGAUUUUCCAUUAAAAUAUAUACGUUGACGAGCUAGGGCAGUCCGGUGCGGUAGGCAGAGCUCGACGAGGGACAGAGCUUGAGCCAUAGCUUAUGUACUACGUGUUUUACCCUGCACUGGCUUGCACGCGCAGUUAUAACAGCCGGCCUAUACAUUAUUCAUUGCGAAUUGUCAAAAGGAAUAAAGUCAAGCUCCUAAUAUAGUUAUAAAUGUUUCAACGUUUUGCAUUUAAUGCGUGAUAUUUAUUGAAAGCUGCGAAUAACUGCCGUAGCCGCAAAGUAUAUUAUUAUUACGAGUUACCGAGCUCUCGUUUGUAAAACAUAGACGAGUGCAAUACGAGUAUACUAACAUAAUUUUACCGAGAGCCAUGGAAUUUGAGACACGGUUUUCUGAAAAAUCGGAAGUAGCAGCAGCGCAUCGUUGUCAUCGUCUUUUACGUCGUCAUCACUGCCAUAAGAAGCAGCAGCAGCAGCAACCGAUGAAAAACGUACCGGUGAUGAGGGGGUGGUACAACGACGCGUGAGAGAAAAACAGGACAUAUUAUAUAUAUAAAAGUAUCUACAACGGUGCUGUUCAGCGAGCAACAGCAGCAACUAACAGAGAAAUAGGAAAGUGUGGCGUAUAGAUAUAUAUAUUAUACGCGAAGAAUACGGCCUGAAGAGUAGCGCGGCUUUAUACGCUUAUAGCUAUAUAUAGCAGUUCACUCGCCGUUCAUUAUAUGAGCGAGCCUCUGAGACGAGUUGUUCGCUUUGCGGCGCAGUCGCUGUUGGACGUGCGUUGCGUUGCCAGCAUUAUUAUAUAGCGCCAUACAUACAUACACACGCACACACACACACACACACACACACAUUUGCGAGAGUGCGCGAAUACGUAUACACGGCAGUGCGAAAAAUAUUAGCUUUCGCCGUUGUUGUUGUUUUUGUUGUUGGACCGUAUAGUACGCAUGCUGUGCGGAGAGUGGCGUCGACGCAAUUCGAGACGAACAUCCUUCAUCCCGGAGAAGAGUUUGCGUUCGCGCCUUCGAGGCAGUGGCACAAGAGGAAUCGAGAGUUGUUCUCUUUUCCAACGAAAUCUUCGUUUUCAAACCGAGUGACACACACGGUGUACUCGCUGAGCCGACGUAUACAUCAGCGGAGCCCGCGAGAGUCACUGUGUGAUACAUCGGAAUAUUGAAAAUAUCAAGCCAGCGUUUAUAUUUGCUCUUACGGCUCUUUCGACGAGUAUCACUGUGCGAGAGAGGCUCACACGCACAUAUAUAUACACACAUGGGAGAGAGCCGAGAUAGUUGAGAAGAUAUUAUAAGAGAGACGGAAUAAGAGCUUGGUGAAAAGACGGAGAAGAGCGAGCGUAGGUGCGUCCCAUAUAUAAAAGCGCGAACAAGAGGAGCAAAAAGAAAAACUCGCAGCUCUUCGGAGUCAGUUUGUGCGUGUGUGUGUUCCUCCAGUGUACUUUGUGGUAGUGCCUGGUUUUAUUGUGCACGAGUAUAAACGAUCGUGUGUUUGUGUCCGUGUGCGUGUGUGUGUAGCGCGCGCAGAGAUAGAUAUAAUACGCGCGUAUGUGUCUGCUCUGUUCUGCUCUUUGCACUUACAUUAUACGCGCGUGUGUGGGUGAGUUAGAAUCUUAUAAGAGCGCGAAGACGAACGAGAAAAAUAUAUAAAGCAGAAGAAAGGAAAAAAAACCGAACGACACGCACACAGAGCGAGAGAGAAACGCAGAAACUCGGCGAUAUACACACGGACGGAUAGCAGAGAAAGACACACAGUCGCAAGUGCAUGUGAACCUCUGCUGUGCCUAUACAACGACGACAACGACGACCCAUAGGAGGAGGAAUAUUAUACAGGAAAGAGCAGCGAUAUUACACUAAGACGCUGGCUUUGGCUCCUGCCGCGGAGUGGCUUAGUCGCCGCGGCCAAAUUGACUCUAACACGGAUUCCGCAAUGGUUAUUCGGUCAGACGGCAGCAGCGAAACUAGCCCACUUGCUGUAGAAGAGGGCGAGGCUGUUGGCCAAGCCAUCAGUCCUCACAACAAUCACAAUCACAAUCACCAACAUGCACAUCCUCAUGGAGCACAGAGACAUAAUCAUGAAAGGCUCAGUCAGGGUGUCAAAUAUGGGGAACUAGUCAUACUUGGAUACAACGGUUACCUACCACCUGGCGAUCGGGGCCGAAGAAGAAGCAAAUUCGUCCUUUACAAACGACCAACUGCCAAUGGCGUCAAACGGAGCAAACAUUAUGUGGUCAAGACACCGGCUUGUUCUCAGGCGAUACUGAAUACGAAGCAACACUCGAUUUCUUAUACACUGUCUAGGACUCAAGCCGUAAUCGUCGAAUACACCGAAGAUGAGGACACGGAUAUGUUUCAGAUCGGCAGAUCGUCGGAAACGCCGAUUGAUUUUGUCGUUAUGGACACAUUUCCGGGUGCCAGCUCGGAGAAUCCCACAGCCCCCGAAAGUCGAGUAGCACAGAGCACCAUAAGCAGGUUCGCCUGCAGAAUACUCGCGGAUCGCUCCGAUCCUAAAAUAGCGAGAAUCUACGCGGCUGGUUUUGACGGCUCGAGAAAUAUUUUUCUUGGGGAAAAAGCGACGAAAUGGCAAGAGAACCGAGAAAUCGAUGGCCUUACCACGAACGGCGUUUUAAUCAUGCAUCCUCGUGGGCAGUUUUGCGGCGGUGACGCUAUUUGCGGCUACUGGCGAGAAGUCAGCGUUGGCGGCGGUGUUUUUUCCCUUCGCGAAAGCAGAAGCGCUCAGCAGAAGGGAAACGUCGUCGAGGACGAAGACAAUGUACUUCAGGACGGCACGUUGAUCGACCUUUGUGGGGCUACUCUGCUGUGGCGAUCGGCAGAAGGAUUGGCCAAAUCGCCGACAAAGCAUGAUUUGGAAGAACUCGUUGACGCAAUCAACGCGGGAAGGCCUCAAUGUCCGGUGGGCUUGAACACUUUGGUGAUACCACGCCGAACAGCGUCUGAAUCAGCUCAGCAGCAGCCGUACGUGUAUCUGAAGUGUGGUCACGUGCAAGGGCAUCACGAUUGGGGACAGGAAAAGGACAAAGCGACUCGUAGAUGUCCAAUGUGUCUCGUUGCUGGCCCCAUCGUCAAGCUUUGCAUGGGUAUCGAGCCCGCCUUUUACGUAGACAGUGGACCACCAACGUACGCAUUUAGUCCGUGUGGGCAUAUGGCUACGGAAAAAACAGUAAAAUACUGGGAAAAGGUGGCAAUACCGCAUGGUACUAACGGCUAUAUCGCAAUCUGUCCAUUUUGUGCAACGCCCUUGGAAGGAUCGCCUGGAUAUGUUAAACUCAUAUUCCAAGACCAUGUAGACUAGACAAAAAAAUAAUUCAUGCGUGCCGUGAGCUCGUAUCAAGCUCUGUACAGAAGUCAUUAUUUUUUACCUUGACUAAGCCUUUUUUUAGUGGAGGUAACAAUAGAGCCUUAUUGUGCGUAAGUUACGACGAGGAAAUUGAAAAUAAAAGAAAGAAAGAUGCGAAGGGAGAUAGUAUAAUAAUUAUGUAUUUCGAAUUAUAACUUUUAAGUAGAGUGCCACUGUUAAUCAAUGAUGCGCUUAGUUUUUUCAACUGAUAUGUAUAUUAUACGUGCGAAUUAUUUUCUACUGUAAGGCUACUAUCCAGUACACCUGCCAUAAAAUAAUAAAACAAAAAAUUUCCAUCUGUUUUCUCGCUUUGUUCGAGUCAAAAGAUAUUUCUAUAUGAAAUUAUAUACAAGAUUGCAACUGAUAUUAAAUUAAAUACAGUUAAUAAAAAAAUGAAAUGUUUUUGUUUAUGACAAGUACGCUGUUACAUCAAGCGUAAUUUUUAACGAGAAUCACUGAGCUUUCAUAGAAGUAUACUUUGUUACAAAGAGAAAAUUGAAAAAAUAAUUAUAUAUUAACAAUAUAUUUUAGAUUUAUACUCAAAGAACUUUUUGUUUCAUUUUUUUAAAUUAAUGAAUGAUGAGUCAUGGUCGAUAAAAUAUUCUAUCAAUGCAUUUUUGCCGUUGACUAAGUAGAAGCCUUGAUCGUAGAUUUAUUUGAAAGAAAUAUCAAUUUACAAUGUGUACAAAGAAGCUGUGUUCUUACAAUAAAUAACCUGAUGGGCUUUGAAUAAACUUGGCCGUAAAAUCGUCAAAUGAACUUCCAGGAUGAUAUAAUUUUUUUCUAAUUUUCAUUCCGAAAAUAUAAUUUUUAUCAUGAUCGUCUUAUAGGUUUACUUAUACUAGUGAAAUAAUGUAUAGUAAACAAAAAUUAAUAAAUUAAUUAAACGCAAA